CUCAUCAAACUGGCUAAAGCUAACACAAGCACGAGCAGUACAUAAACAUGUACCGCCUGCCUGGCCAAAUCGAUCAAUGGUCAUUCGACUAGCGAACGCACCCUCAUUCGUAGUUUCCAUGCCGGCACAACAAUGUAAAACGAUGACGAAAUCCACCUGUCUAGCCUUCCUAGUUUCUCUGCUCUCUCUUGUGUUGUGUUCUUCGGCAUCGGCGCCGCCGCCGCAACACACACUGGGCGUCGGCUCCUCCCUGUCGGUGGAAGACCAUGUGUGGCCAUUCCUGGUGUCCCCUAACGCCACUUUCUCCUGUGGCUUCCGCGAAGCCGGCGACAACGCCUUCUCCUUCUCGGUCUGGUACACCGACGCCGCGGACAAGACCGCCGUAUGGACGGCCAGCCCCGGCGCCCCGGUGAACGGCCGGGGCUCCAGGAUCUCGUUCCGCCGCGACGGUGACCUGGUCCUCGACGACGCCAACGGGACCACGGUGUGGGAGAGCAAGACGAGUGGAAGGGGCGCCCUGACCGUCUCCCUCCUUGAAACCGGCAACCUCGUCAUCAGGGACCCGUCGACUGUUGGCCGCAACCUAUGGCAGAGCUUCGACUGGCCGACCGACACGCUGGUCCCGACGCAGCCACUGACGAAGGACAAGACGCUGGCCGCCGUUUACUUCAACCUCUACUACGACAACGACAACGUGCUGCGGCUCCUGUACGAGGGUCCGGAGAUAGCGAGCAUCUACUGGCCAAAUCCGAGCAACGAUGCCUUCCAGAACGGCCGGACAACUUACAACAGCUCGAGGAUCGCCAUCCUCGACGACACCGGCGUGUUUCUGACGAGCGACAACCUGCGGGUGGAGGCCUCCGACCUCGGCCCCGGCGUCAAGAGACGGCUGACCAUCGACCAGGACGGCAACGUGAGAAUCUACAGCCUGAACGCGUCAACCAGGGGCUGGACGGUGACAUGGGCGGCGCUGGCGCAGCCGUGCUCCGCACACGGGCUGUGCGGCAAGAACGCGAUCUGCGAGUACCGGCCAAGCCUCAGAUGCUCAUGCGCGCCUGGGUACGAGAUGAUCGGCCGGCUUAACUGGCGAAAAGGGUGCAAGCCCAUGUUCAGCGUCGCCAAAUGCAGCCAGCAAGAAGCGCUGGAUCAGCGGUUCAAGUUCGUGAAGGUGCAGCACACCGACUUCUUCGGCUACGACCUCGGGUACAACAAAUCAGUCACGUUCGAGUACUGCAAGAAACUCUGCUUGGAGAUGUGCUUGUGCGCCGCCUUCUCGUACAGGCUUGAAGGCCAAGGCGUCUGCUUCCCGAAAGGCGUGCUGUUCAACGGCUUCAGGUCUUCGGGUUUCUCCGGGACCAUCUACCUCAAAGUUCCUCUCGAUUUCGACGCCUCGGCACCGCUGGUCGCCGCACGGAGCACCGCAGGCCUCGCCUGCAAUCCUAACGGUCCCCAGAUCGACCGAGGAUCACCAGACACGUUCGGGAGACCCAGAAAUGGCACGAAAUGCAAGCAGAGCAUACCCAGCUCACUGGAGGCAGGCUACAGGAUGGUCAGGGCCGCCCAGUUCAGGAGGUUCACGUACCGGGAGCUCAAGGACGCGACGGGGAACUUCAAGGAAGAGCUCGGCCGUGGCGGCUCCGGCAUCGUGUACCGCGGCGUGCUCGAGGGUGGGAAGGUGGUGGCGGUGAAGAAGCUGACGAACGUGGCGCAGGGCGACGAGGAGUUCUGGGCGGAGAUGACGGUGAUUGGGAGGAUCAACCACAUGAACCUGGUCCGGAUCUGGGGGUUCUGUUCCGAGGGCAAGCACAAGCUGCUGGUGUACGAGUACGUGGAGAACGAGUCGCUGGACAGGCACCUGUUCGGCACGGACCGGCCGCUACCGUGGCGCGAGCGGUACAGGAUUGCGCUUGGCACGGCCAGGGGCCUGGCCUACCUCCACCACGAGUGCCUUGAGUGGGUCAUCCACUGUGACGUGAAGCCGGAGAACAUCCUGGUCACAAGGGAGUUCGACGCCAAGAUCGCUGACUUCGGGCUGGCCAAGCUGUCCAAGAGGGACGACGCCGGCGCCGGCGUGCAGCUCUCCCACAUGAGAGGGACGACGGGGUACAUGGCACCGGAGUGGGCGUUGAAUCUGCCCAUCAACGCCAAGGUCGACGUGUACAGCUACGGCAUCGUGCUGCUGGAGAUCGUGAUCGGGAGCAGGGUCUCAGACCAGACGACGGUGGGCGGGGAGCGGCUGGAGAUGCCACAGAUCGCCCAGGCGCUGAGGCAGGUAGUGGCUAGUGGGGACGUCGCGUCGUUGGUGGACAGUAGAUUGCAGGGGCAGUUCCAUCCUCGGCAGGCCUUGGAAAUGGUGCGGAUUUCCUUGUCGUGCAUGGAGGAGAGGAGCAACAGGCCAACAAUGGACGACAUUGCCAAGGCUCUCACAGCGUGCGACGACGAGGACGAGCACCCUGCAUACAGGUCAUGAGUUGUGAUUACCCGGCAAAUGGCACACUAAAUUGAUGAAGUGCAGCUGUAGCACUUUAGCAGGAAGUUCAUCACUGCAACAUCACUUCAUGGUUACUAGCAACUGUUUAUAAUCAUUACAACAAAUAAAAUAAUUGAUGUUUAGAACA